AUGAAUAACAAUCAUCUUAUAGAUGAACAAGAAUUUUGGGACAAGGUCACGACUACACCAUCUCAAAAGGAUACACAUGAAGACGGUUCAAAAACUGCCGUAAAUCAAAACAUCAUUGGUACCGAGCGGGAGUUUCAUAAUGAGGAAACCUCCACAUAUUGGCUGCCCAAAGAUGAUGAGGAACAAAAGAGACUAACAGGACAACAUUUUGCCUUUAAGGAGCUAUAUGAGGGGAACGUUUUGCCUAGCAUAAGAAAAACUUUGGAUUUUCAAAAAGGUAUCUCCAUCCUUGAUGUAGGCUGUAGUUCUGGUGUAUGGAUUAUGGAUAUGAUGACCGAAUAUCCCAAUUGUACUUAUCAUGGCUGUGAUAUUGUCAAUGUGAUAGACAAAAAGCUCUCAUUAAAGCAGUUCACUUUUAACUAUGGAAAUGUAACAAAGAGGCUUCCAUAUGAAGAUAACACGUUUGACUUUGUUCAUAUGAGAUUCUUUGUCCUUGCCCUUAACGAAGAACAUGAAUGGCCAGCAGCCAUAAGUGAAGUGAUACGUGUUACUAAGCCAGGAGGUAUGAUGCAAAUAGCAGAUUGUGAUUUCCAGCUACCAAAGGACCCCUCCUUUGUGUCUUACAAGGUUACGAAAGCUAUACACACUGCUUGUAUUUCAAGAGGACAGAAUCCAAACAUAGGAGCUGAAUUGGAAAAGAUGAUCUCCAAGCACGAUAAUGUAAAGAUUGUUCAAGCUGAUUAUAGAACCUGUGAUAUGAGUUCCGGUACCUCUACUGCAAAGAAAUUUAUUUGGGAUCACCUGGAAGGAUUGAAGAGUAUACAGCCCAUUGUUGGACCGAUAUUGGGAAUAAAAACUAAAGAAGACCUGGCUAACUAUUUAACAGAAUAUAAGCAUAGCCUGGAAACAGAGCCAUGUCUAUUCUCUUUGAACUCUGUUGCUGCUCAAAAGCUUUAA